CCGCGGUACCUGCUGACCUCCAUGGCGUUUGCUGACCUGCUGAAAGGGUUGGUAGUGGUACCUCUGAGCGUGUACCCUACCCUGUACCACUGCUUCCCGUACCCUCGCCUGCUGUGUGCCGUACAAGCCAUCCUGCUGCCGCUGCUGCACCAUCAAGCAGCGUUGACACUCUCUCUGCUCGCUCUCGAUCGCUACUGCUCUCUGCUGCACCCGUCGUCGUAUCAGAAUCACGCAUCAAGACCGCUGUGCGUGAUCGCGGUGGUGCUCUCGUGGGCGGUCGUGGUCGGGAUUCACGCCGGGCUGUACGUCCCCUCGCCGCAGUUCUACUUCAACUACCUCGGGAGUCAAUCCUGCGAGCCCUUCCACACGGUCAAUUCCAAGAUCAUCAUCGUCGCCUGCGCUGUGUACUUCCCUACGACUAUGAUCACCAUGUACUGCUACGGCACUGUCUUCCACGUCGCUAGGACCUCACUCCACCGCCUCGUCUGCGCCACAGUCAGUGCUCCUGAGAUCCUCGGUGGAACGCUGGUGGAGAAGAUGCUGAUGAAGGAAAGACGCGAGAGCAUGCGAACGUGCCGGGUGAUGGCGGUGGUGUCCUUGUCCUUCAUCAUCCUCAUUACACCCUGGACGCUCCGGCAGAUCAUCACAGCUUGCACGAAUUCUAGGAUCCCCGGCGGGCUGGACUACGGCGUGUGGGUGGUGAGCGUGGGCGGCGGGACCAUAAUCAUCUUCGUCUUUUGGCUGUUCUCUCCCGUAUUCCGCCGCGCCAUGGAGGAGACAGUGCACAACAGGGUGUGCUGCGGCAACGUCUACUACGACGAGGGCGACGACGUCAGCCUCUCGCACCUGUCCCACAACGGCGACCACCUGUGGAAGGCCGGACCAAACCUCUGCGCGUCUCAUACCCCAGCAUGCCCCGCCGCCCACGCUCAACCUCUCCCCGCCGACUUCGCCCACACGCCCGCGCCCCUCCACCGCAGCAUGGGCGCCCUCAGCUGCAACGCCACGCCCCGACACCUCGUGAAUGGGCGGACUCCGGGCUCGGCGGCGAGGAACAAUGGCGCGGGAGACAUCGAGGUUGGAGAGAAGUUCUGGGGAGAGAUCCUGGAACGAACCGUCUCGUCUUCGUCACUCCAGAACCUUCAGAGAAUUUACCGCAAUGGGUCAUCAGGACACCCGGAGCUCCGUCUCAACCAGGCGUCCAACUGGCAUAUUUGAAGGGCCUUCGAGGUCAACACGGAUCAACGCAGGUCAACGCAGACUCUGUUGACUCGGAGUUGGUCUGCUCCGAAGGCUUAUCAAAUCAUUGGCUUGACCUCUGACCUUUGAGGUUCUAAUGAGGGAGGAGGAGUCAACGCGAAGGUCAUGUCAGGUCACGAAAACUAGGACAA